GGGGGACCCCAGUCUGGUCAAACUAAACGUAGCCAUAACAUGUGGUUACCUCCUUUACGACCUUGUGCUGCUCGCCUGUAACUGGAGCACUAUGGGGGACAGCUUUUUCGUUUGCCACCACUUGGCGGCGCUCUACGCAUACGGAUAUGUGCUGACUCGUGGCGUGCUUCCUUACUUUGCCAACUUUCGUCUUAUCUCAGAGUUGUCGACGCCGUUUGUGAACCAAAGGUGGUUCUUUGAGGCAUUAAAGUUCCCCCGCUCUCACUGGAUGGUGGUGUCAAACGGCGUUGCCAUGGCGGUGGUGUUCUUCCUGGUGCGCAUUGCCGUCAUGCCGUCUUACUGGGUUAGUGUAUUCGCCACCUUCGGCACCCCAGAGUUCGAUCGGCUGGGUUUGGGCGCCCAGGUGGCCUGGAUCACCUCCUGCAUCGCCCUGGACAUCUUGAACACUAUCUGGAUGUACAAGAUCUCCCGAGGCUGCUACAAAGUCCUGACCGGGAGAGGAGGAGGAGGAGGACGAAAGGUGAAGGAAGGAGCAGAGGAGUCGUCUUCCCAUGACGGGAAGUACGUCAACAACCACACAGACUAAAGAGACGUAGAGUACAGGAUGUGUAGACGCAGACAUAAGCAGGGAGGGAGGCUGGGCUCGGCAUCCGUCACACCCCCGCUCCAAUCCCUAAUGUUAGCCCCUGAGCUAGUUGAGGUCGGCGACUGGACCGGGCUAAGACUCCUCAGGCUCUGACCCUGUCCCCGGACAAGGAGACGGCUCUUUGACUAACUCGAGCACCAGCCUUGUUUUUCCACUGACAAAUUCGUAUCCUGCUCGGUGAUGGCAUUUGGUCGCAGACGGAGCUCACAAGCACACUUUUAACUCCGGUCUGUCACUCGCCUGUUUCGCCACCACCGCCAUUCCCCCACCCCCCCACCCCAGUCUCCUG